GCAUCGUGUGUUCCAGACCCGUCCUGCAAUAGUGCUUGCAUAAUGAUGCUGCAACUCUAUUCAGGGCCCCCUGUUGCGAGCACAUAUUGCGGGCCGUUGACCUGCCGUUGCGUGCGGAGAUCAAGCCAGAGCGGAGGAAGAAAAAAAAAUAUCAUCCAUAAAAUGCUCGGUCGUACCCGACCACGACAAAAACCACACGACAAAAAGCGGCGCCCGCUGGCUACUUGGAAGCCCAGGCGUGUGCAUUCUCCUCCUCCCUGCGCCAACACCCCCCUCCCCAACCCCCAUAUCCCGCGUGCCAUUGUGGAUUGCGAGAACUUCUUUUUGUCAUUGUCGCGAAACAGGCACGUAUUGAUUGGGAGUUCCGCGGUCUCGUCAGAAAACCACUUUACGCGUCUUGACCGACUCCGACAUGCAAAAGCUUUGCUGUUCCAGUAUAAUCCUCCCCAAACGCGGCAAGGAUGCCGUCUUUCCCCCCGGCCCGCACGGAAAAGACGGGACAGAGAUUUUGAAGAGACUUUGGUGGCCGCUUAUGACAAAAAUUUCCUUUCAUUGGGCUCUCCCACCGCCCGACCGGAAUGUUUGCCUGGAUGAGGAGGCGGCAGCGGCGGCGGUCAACGUCGCCUUGCCAACAAAGGAGCCUUUUUCUUUUUCUCUCUUUCUUGGAGCCUUUUGAAGAGGAACCAGACCGCGUCCAUGCAGAAGGGGGGAAACUCCCCGGGGGACAAAGAGAAAACUUUUCUCUGCAAUGCGGAGCACAUGCCAGGUGGUCUAGAGGUGUGUGUCUGUCCAUGUGGGAAUUCGGAGGCUUU